CAUCGUUUCUGCGCGUCUUCUCCCCCUUGCACUUCAUCAAUGGCCCUCCCCCCCUCGGCCGCUUCGCUGCUUGGUGGGCAUCUGCAGGCGUCUGCACCGGGCCUCUUUUUUAUGGUUCCAAGGGACCCCCCUGCUGCAUCCGACGCUACUGCACCAGAAGGUCGCCGCGAUAAACUCCCACUUGCAAGUCCCUCUUUCCCAUCCCCGGUCAAAUCUCACCUUCACUCGAGCCCUCGGUAUUAUCGUCUAAUUUUUCUUGCCAAUUCCCUUUGUUUGAUGGGAUUGUUCAUCUUUGCCACGAUGUGUCCGUACAUAGCCCGGUACAACCAAUGGAGGGAUGCGUUUAUCAGUAUCACUAUCAACCAUCACUGCAACCCCAGGCUCUUGUCAAUCUUUUCGCACGUCGCGUACCUCAAAGUUCGCACGAGGCAUGGAACGGACGGAGGCAGUGUAAGUGACGUUGGUGAGGGUGUGUGCCUGAGCCUUCUGCGAUCUAAGUCUCCCAGGUCGUCGUCAAAUCAUAGGCUCAGCGCUAAACGCCAAACCGGUGCCAGCCAACCGCUCCUGUCCACUACGAAAUAGAGAGGUGACGAACCAGACACACAAGAUGUCGAGAUGUCUUGGCUUGGAUACCUGACAUCGGAGACCGCGCGAUCGAGAGAGCGCCUAGUGUGACAGAAGCCGCGCGCAUUGUGUCUCUCGUCUCAUGAGAAGGGGGGGUAAACUUGGUAAGAGAUGAAGAACAAGUGCGCGACGGACGGCAAAAAGGACCUGGCUAGACCUGGUGGCACGCCCGUGUCGACUUGGCC